CUCUACCUGUCUAUACGUUUUGAAUAUCAUUUUUGAAAACUUCAAAAUUAUUUGGCGCUGCGUUAUCUGCCUUAUUUUCAUCACUUUUACACUGAAACUCUUACUAAGCCACAUUAAUCGAAUGCACAGCCGAAGCCCUGACUUCAAGUUGCUCUGUGGUUUUGACAGGUGUACAGAGGAAUAUCGAGUGUAUAACUCAUUCUAUCAUCAUGUCAAGAGAAGACACUCCCAAUAUCUUGUUGAAAGCACCAGACCAGCAGGUGGAACGAGGAAAGUCAAGGGACCGCCGCAGCAACAAGAUUCCAGCAUCAACAGUCAACAGCUCUGUACAGCUGACACAGAUGAAGGGCAAAUGGACAUUAACCAAGACAGAGCUGCCACAGUACAACCAGAUCUAACAACACAUGCCACUGCCUUUGUGAUAAAUGCAUGGGCCAAGCAUUGCCUCUCACAGAAAGGCCUGAAUGACAUUGUUGCUGGUGUGCAGCAGUACCAAUCAUCACUGAUGAGCAACCUCAGGAGCCAGAUAGAGCAGGUGCUGAAGAAGCAUUCGGGAAGCACAUCAGGACACCUUCAAAACGAAGUAAUGGAUGUUUUCGACAGUUUUGUUGACCCAUUCACAAGUGUUGUAACAACAUUUCGACAGAACAGUGUUAUGGAGAAGCAGUUAAGCUUUGUGGAUGCAGAGGAAAUUCUAUUUUCUCCAACUAUUCGCAAGAGGAAACAUGGAGCAUCAAAAGACUUUUUCAUUAAAGACAAAGUCUUUCAUUACAUUCCAUUGGUCAAAAGUCUAGAGCAAUUUUUAUCACACCCGAAGAUAUUUGCUAUGAUUGAAAAGGGUCCACAGAGGUGCAGGGAGGGUUUUUUUCAGGACAUUGUUGAUGGCUCCCUUUUAAAAUCACAUCCCUUAUUUUCAGAGAUACCAAAUGCAUUGCAGAUUGUUCUGUACACAGAUGAAAUAGAGGUCUGUAAUCCACUAGGAUCCUUUGCAUCAAAAAAUAAACUGUUGAUGGUGUACUACACCCUAGCAAACAUAAAUCCAAAAUACAGGUCUAAACUUGCUGCUAUUAGGUUACUUGCCAUGGCUAGAUCUGUAGACCUCUGUCAAUGUGGUGUAGAUGUAAUAUUGAACAGAAUCAAAGAAGAUAUGGAUGCAUUGUACAAUGGUGUUAAAAUGCAAACUAGUAAUGGACAGAAAACUAUUUAUGGUGCCAUCGUCUCUGUCUGUGGAGACACUCUGGCGCAGCAUGAACUGGCAAGGUUCAAGGAGGGUGUUGGCUUUGCCUACAGUAAAUGCAGACACUGUGAGUGUUCUUUUGAGGACAUGCAGUCACACUUCAAUGUAGAUGCAUUUACUAUAAGGAUUUUAGAGAGGCAUAUCAGACAGACUAAUGAAAUAGAAAAGGCAGAUGCUUCGCAACAGCCUGAGAACAACAUAUGGGAUCAAUCGAAGGAGCAAAUCAGUUGAAUUCUUUGCUUUUGACAUUAUACAACAAACUCCACAAGACAUUAUGCAUGUAAUUCUGGAGGGUACAGCUCCUUUGGAAAUCAAGAGUGUGUUACAUCAUCUUGUUCAGUCAGGACUGAUAGAUCUGGACUCUGAAUUUCCCUUAUUCCCCUCUGGAUGUUAGAGAUCGGCCAUCCCCAAUUUCACUGAGUACAUUAAUGUCAGGUGAUGGUAAAUUAAAACAGUCAUCUGGGCAAAUUCUUGUCCUGCUAAGGAUAUUACCAUUUGUUUUGGAGAGUGUAGAAGACAAUGCAUAUGUACAUCUGAUACAUGAUCUAAUAGAGAUUGUGCACAUAGUGUUUGCACCUGUUCUGACCAUUGCAACUGUUUCUAGAUUGAAGUCACUAAUUGAAGUCACAAUAUUACACCUAAACAGCAUUAUCUGAUACAUUUGCCGUCACAGAUAAGAUCAUUGGGUCCAAUGGUUAGACAUAUGUGUAUGCGGUUUGAAUCUAAACAUUGCCUCUUUAAACAAUGGGCUUAAAGCUCAAUUUUAAGAACAUUUGCAAGUCUUUGGUUAAUCAGAAUCAAAUAUAUGAAAGCUGCCAAAAUGUUGACCCUUCAAUACAUCCAAUCUUUUCAAAUGAAAGGGAGAUGGGACCUGUGUCUGAGGUUAAAGCUCUACAGUAUUUACAAGGAAAACUGAG